AUGACGCUGGAAUCAAUUAUUGAUAAUUUGGAUUGGAAAACUGUACUGGUGACUGUAACCAUUGGGUUACUAGGUUCACUUUAUAUGCUGAUAUAUUUUCUCUCACAUAAACCGAGAGCCCCUCAUGCUGAAGAAUUACAAUACAUGACUAUCAAUUCCUCUGGAGAAGUUGUUAGAGGUCAAUUGCCUAGUAUUACGUCCCCUACCAGUGACGAAGACGAAAAUGGCAAGGAUAUUUUGUUGUCUGUCGUUGUCCCAAGUUAUAAUGAAACUGAAAGGAUUUUUAGGAUGUUGAAUGAGGCGAUCAAAUAUUUGAAUGAAUCCAUGUCGAAUAGAUGGGAAAUAUUGAUCGUAGAUGACGGGUCUAAAGACGGUACCACUGAGUAUUGUUUGAAAUUAGCGGAAGAGGACUUCAAACUGACUAAGGGAGAAUUACGGGUAUUGAAACUAUUAGAAAAUAGAGGUAAAGGUGGCGCCGUUAGAGAAGGUAUGUUACAUAUUCGUGGUAGAUAUGGGUUAUUUGCAGAUGCUGAUGGUGCAAGUAAGUUCAGUGACGUGGAAAAAUUGAUCGCUAGUGUGAAAAAUAUGGAAAAGACUAAAGAUCAAAAUGCUAUACUGCCUGCAAUUGCCCUGGGUUCAAGAGCUCAUAUGGUAAAUACAGAAGCGGUUAUUAAGAGAUCAUUCGUUAGAAAUUGUCUUAUGUACGGUUUUCAUGGUUUAGUCUAUAUUUUUGGUAUCCACUCCAUUAAAGAUACCCAAUGUGGAUUCAAACUUUUCAAUAGGAAGGCAAUUAAAGAUAUUUUCCCAUACUUACAUACAGAAGGUUGGAUCUUUGAUGUAGAAAUUUUAAUAUUAGCUAUUAGAAAAAAUAUUAGAAUUUUCGAAAUCCCAAUCUCAUGGCAUGAAGUCAGUGGUUCUAAGAUGGAUCUUGCUAUUGAUAGCAUAAUGAUGGCAAAGGAUUUAGUUGUCAUUAGAUUAGCAUAUUUUUUUGGUAUUUAUAACGAUACUAAGGAAGUUUGA